GUAAAAGCAGAAGAGAUAAACAAAGAAGCACGAUGGCUGGAUUCAGAUGCAUUCAAGUGUUUUUAUUUGUGAUUCUUCUGCUGGAGUUUACAGUAACAAAUGGAGAAGCGUUGUUCAUUUAUGGUAGAGGUGGAGAUGGAGUCACUUUGCCUUGUACCAAUGUGAGAGAUGGUCAGAAUCAAUGUAAUGGGACGAGCUGGACCUUCAAUAAAGGGAGAACCAGAGCAGCAACAGAGCUGAUUCAACUUGGGAAGAUCAGUGAAGAUGCCCAGGAUAAAUCCAACAGACUGAAUAUCACAGAAGACUGUUCUCUGGUUUUUAACAAGGUCAAAGAUGAGGAUGCAGGUCUUUACCUCUGUCGACAGUACGAUGAGUCAGGACAUGAACGUGGUCGGAGCUCUUAUGUUGAACUGUCAGUUGUUUCCUUGACUGAACGUCAGGACGGUGAUGAUGUGACGUUUAUCUGCUCUGUGUCAACACAUGGACAGUGUUUUAGUCCUGUGACCUGGAUGUUUAAUGGUGUUGAAGUAGAAAAAGGUCACCCAGAUAUGACAAUAUCAACGUCUUCCUGCACUGCAAGUGUUACUUUUAACAGAAGAAAAUACUUCUACACAAAGAAAGCUCAGGUGUUUAAAUGUGCAGUGCGUCUCGGGAAUAAAACCGAGGAGUUUUCCUUCAGACGUUCAUCAUCUGAAGAGCAACCAGAUGACAAUGGGAAAAAUAACAAAAACACCACAGUAACUUCAACUCCCACAGCACCUGAAAUGAACACAUCAGGAAACUCAGCAGCAGCAAAUGGAGACAUGUUGUACAUUUAUGGUAGAGAUGGAGAUGGAGUCACUUUGCCUUGUACCAGUGUGAGAGAUGAUCAGAAUCAAUGUGAUGGAACGACCUGGACCAUCAAUGAAAAGAGAACCAAAGGAGGAAUAGAGCUGAUUCAACUUGGGAAGAUCACUGAAAAUGACCAGGAUAAAUCCGACAGACUGAAUAUCACAGAAGACUGUUCUCUGGUUUUUAACAAGGUCAAAGAUGAGGAUGUAGGUUUUUACUCCUGUCGACAGUACGAUCGUUCAGGACAGGAACGUGGUCGGAGCUCCUCAGUUGUUCUGUCAGUUGUUUCCUUGACUGAACGUCAGGACGGUGAUGAUGUGACAUUAAACUGCUCUGUGUCGAGACGUGAACAGUGUAUUAGUCGAGUGACCUGGAUGUAUAAUGACGGUGAAGUGGGAAAAGAUCACCCAGAUUUAACAAUAUCAAAGCCUUCCUGCAGUGCAAUGGUUACUUUUAACAGAAGAAAAUACUUCUGCUCAUCAAAAGUUCAGCUGUUUAAAUGUAGAGUGCAUCACAAUAAAGAAAAAACGGACUUUCCAUUCAGAUGUUCAUCAUCUGAGGAGCAACCAGAUGACAAUGGGAAUAAUAACAAAAACACCAGAGUAACUCCAAUGCCCACAGCACCUGAAAUGAACACAUCAGGAAACUCAGACCAGUGGUGGAUCAUCCCCAUGGUUGUGGUUUUCGUAGUUAUCAUCGUCACUGUGGUGGUUUUCAUCAUAUGGAAGAAACAUAAAGGGAAGGAAAGACAGACAAAUGGCGAUGUUGCGCUGACUUCAAGCCCUGACAUGAUGCAGUCAGCGCCAGAAACCAGUCACGAUCUGGCUGAUCCUGAAGAUGCUGUUCCCUACGCCUCCAUCAGCUACACCAAGAAAGCCAACAGUGAAGCCCGGGUUCUAAGUAAAGAUGACGAUGAUACAGUGACAUACAGUGCCGUGAAAGCUUCCUCUUCUUCUGCUGCAGCCUACACUGACCCCAGCAACCUCUAUGCAACUGUAGGCAAAGACUGAUAGAAAGUUUACUGUGUAGAUGUAACACAGGCUUUGCCAGUAAAUUGCUACAAUUAUUUAUUUUAUUUUAUAGCAUAUGUAUUUUUUUAUUAAUUGUUUAAUUUGACAUUUGUAACAUUUUCAUUAUAUGCUUCUAAUUAUGUUCACAAGCUGAAAAUGCACAGUCCCCUUUAAGUUUUAGUUUGUAGCCUUGGUUUCUUGUGUUUAGAGAUGCUUUUCUGCACACCUCAGCUGUAAACAGUGCUUGAGUCACUGGUAUCUUUCUAUCAGCUCGAACAAGUGGCCAUUCUAUGAUCUCUGGGAUUAGCAAGGCAUUUUCACCCAGAGAGCUGCCUCUCAGUGGAUAUUUAGCAGCAACCAUGCCCUGUUCAAAAUAGGUUUAAUCAUGCUUUUUUCCUAUUCUGAUCCUUGCAUUACAAUUCAGCAGACUAUUUUGAUCAUGUCUAAAUGUCCAAAUGCAUUGUUUUUCUGCCAUGUGAUUAGUUUAAAAAGAUUUGUGGUGUACCUAAUAUAGUGGCCAUUGAGUGUACAUUACAAAUUUUUAUUUAUAUAUGGGUGAUUAUGGUUCUGUUCACUGUCUCUUACAUCUGGACUGACUAAUGUCUAUGAGCAGAUACUGUGCUAUUAUUAUGGAUUUCAUGUAUAUAGUGUUUAUGUUGUGAGCUGCCUGUACUUUCUUUUAUGUUAUGAAUUAUUUCCAUAGUUUUAUAUUUUGUUUUGUUUUGUUUUGUAGUUUUGUAAAGCCCUUUGUUACCUUAUUUUGAAAGUUUCACACAAAUAAAUUGUUAUUUGCUUACUUA